CCUGUCAUCUAGGGUUUUCCCUCAAACCCCUUCAUUUACCAUUUCCCUUUACCCCACGGAUUUUUGCUCUUCCUCCCGCAAAACCUCCGUUUCCUCUCUCAUCCACGGCCGCCGCCAUCUCCUGGUUCCCCUCCGGUGGCAGGUAUCUCCUUCCUUCCCUCUCCUCUCCUCUCAUAAAAAAAAUCUCCCCCAAAAAAACUAGGCUACGGAUUUUCUCUCUUUCAUCGUUUUUGUUUUGGUUUUAUCUUAGUCUAUCUCUAGGUUUUGUUAGAGGGGAGAGGGAAGAGAAAAACACCCAAAAAAAAGAAAUUUUUUUUUUUUUUGGAAAAGGAAAAGGGCUUCUUUUUAGGUAUGGCGCAGGUUCAGCUGCAAGGGCAGAAUGCGACUGUGAACAAUGGUGGAGGAGGGAAUCAGUUCGUGCCGACGGCGCUUUACGUCGGCGAUUUGGAUGUGAGCGUUACGGAAACUCAGCUCUAUGACUGCUUUAACCAUGCCGGUCAGGUUGUCUCGGUUCGGGUUUGCAGGGACGUCAACACCCGUCGAUCACUCGGCUAUGGUUAUGUCAAUUUUAGCAACUCACAAGAUGCUGCAAGAGCUUUGGAUGCGCUAAAUUUCUCUAUUCUGAAUGGAAAGCCUAUCAGGGUUAUGUAUUCUCACCGUGACCCAAGUCUUCGUAAAAGUGGCACUGGGAAUAUCUUUAUCAAGAACUUAGAUAAGUCAAUUGACCAGAAAGCUUUGCACGAUACUUUUUCUAUGUUUGGUAACAUUCUAUCUUGCAAGGUAGCUACAGACUCCUCUGGCCAGUCAAAGGGCUAUGGCUUUGUACAAUUUGAGAAUGAGGAAUCUGCCCAAAAAGCUAUAGAUCAGUUGAAUGGUAUGCUGUUAAAUGAUAAGCAAGUCUAUGUGGGACCUUUUGUUCGUAAGCAAGAAAGAGAAACUACUGCUAGCAAGACAAAAUUCAAUAAUGUCUACGUAAAGAACCUUGCUGACUCAACAACUGAUGAGGAUCUGAAGCAGGUUUUUGGUGAAUUUGGCACAAUUACUAGUGCAGUGGUGAUGAGAGACGCAGACGGGAAAUCAAAGUGCUUUGGAUUUGUCAACUUUGAGAAUGCAGAUGAUGCUGCUAAUGCUGUUGAGUCUCUACAUGGAAAGAAAUUUGAUGAUAAAGAGUGGUAUGUUGGGAAAGCACAAAAGAAGUCUGAAAGGGAAGUUGAGUUAAAACUUCGAUUUGAGCAGAGUAUGAAGGAGGCUGCUGAUAAGUAUCAAGGGGCAAACUUGUAUAUUAAGAAUCUGGAUGAUGGCAUAGGGGACGAUAAACUUAAGGAGCUUUUCUCUCAGUUUGGUACCAUAACAUCUUGCAAGGUCAUGAGAGACCCUAGUGGAAUAAGUAAAGGGUCAGGGUUCGUUGCCUUUUCAACUCCAGAAGAAGCAUCUAGAGCUCUCAUGGAGAUGAAUGGCAAAAUGGUUGUGAGCAAGCCUCUGUAUAUUGCUCUUGCACAACGGAAGGAAGAUAGAAGAGCUAGGUUACAGGCUCAGUUUUCCCAAAUGAGGCCCUUGGCAAUGGCACCUUCUGUUGCUCCUCGCAUGACAAUGUACCCGCCUGGUGCUCCAGGCCUUGGGCAACAAAUAUUUUAUGGUCAAGCCCCCCCUGCUAUCAUUCCUCCCCAGCCUGGAUUUGGAUAUCAACAGCAGCUUGUCCCUGGUAUGAGACCUGGUGGGGCUCCCAUGCCAAAUUUCUUUGUACCAAUGGUGCAGCAGGGCCAGCAGGGUCAGCGUCCUGGUGGCAGAAGGGCAGGGGCCAUUCAGCAAAAUCAGCAACCAGUUCCUUUAAUGCAACAACAGAUGCUGCCUCGAGGGCGUGUCUACCGUUACCCACCUGGGCGUGGCCUGCCUGAUGCUUCAAUGCCUGGUGUUGCUGGAGGAAUGCUUUCUGUUCCAUAUGACAUGGGUGGCAUGCCCCUGCGUGAUGCUUCACCUUCUCAACCAAUGCCUGUUGUGGCUUUGGCUUCUGCACUUGCAAAUGCUACUCCAGAGCAGCAGAGAAUGAUGUUGGGUGAGAAUCUGUAUCCACUUGUGGACCAGUUGGAGCCUGAUGCUUCAGCCAAGGUAACUGGGAUGCUUCUGGAGAUGGAUCAGCCUGAGGUUUUGCACUUGCUUGAGUCGCCAGAAGCUCUAAAAGCAAAGGUAGCAGAGGCAAUGGAAGUUCUUAGGAAUGUUGCUCAGCAGCAGCAGGCUGGUGGUGCAGCUGAGCAACUGGCUUCGUUGUCACUAAAUGACAACCUUGUUUCCUGAGUUUGAGUCUCGAAUUGCUUUUGUUGGGUCACCUUUAUAUGACUGAGUUUGUUUGCUGAAAUAGGAAUUGGUUUUGGCGUAAUUAAACAUUCUGAGUGUUGUAUUGGUCAUUACAUUUGAAAUUGUUGACAUUCAUUAUAAUUUAUGUAGUGUCACGGUUUGCUUUUCAAUCUUGAUGAAACUUGUCUCGGCUCCCCAAUUGGAGC